AAUCAGCAACUCUUCUUGUGCAGUCAAAUACUGUAGGGCCGCCCGUGGUGGAUCAAAUCUGUCCCGCACGUUUUUCCGAUGAUUUCAGUGAAGAUGUUGCUCCCUGCGCUGCUGGUGGUGGUGGCCGCUGCAGGACCUGCUUUGGGCAGCCCUGAGCAGGUGACCUACGGCAUCUACAGGAGGGAGGGCAGGGAAGAGCCUGCGUCGAGCUACGCUUCUCCUCCGGUCAUGUACGGCUCUCCGGAGCCAACUGCUGUUUCCCAGCCCUCCUACGGCUCCCCUGAGAAAUCCUAUGGGCCUCCACCAAAGUCCUAUAAAAUGCCCGCCCCGAUGAUGUAUGCGUACAUUCCUCAUCCAAUGCCAAUGGAAGAAGAAAAGGAAGAGGAGAAGAAAGAAAAAGAGAAGAAGAAAAAGCCGGAAACUAAAGAAGAAAAGAAAUGCGCAGUCAGACUCGUUUUGCCGCCGCUGAUCAUCAUUACGAUCUUCAUCGGGUGUAUUUUAAUACAACUUGUGGUACCGGAUCUCGUGGCGGCGGUCUUGGCCCCGGUGGUGAACCCGCUGGUGGCUGUGAUCCAGGCAAUCACUGCCCAGACGCCCGUCACUGUCAUACGCGGAGCAAGAGCAAUGCCGGGCAAUGACGUGUCCGAUCCUGCACUGCAAGCAUUCGAUUCGCUUUUACAACUGACGGGACGGGUUACGGCCGCCCUGUCGCCUGAAGGCUGCUUGGCGACCCUGCUGUGUGACGCCACAGAUGCCGUCCCGCAUCCUGACUUGUCGUCCAGACUGCUGAAGUACGCGCUGCCUACUCGCUACCACAGCUACGUGAACAUCCUUACAAGAGGAAAAGAGAACUGCAAGAAACAAUUCCCUUGCAAUGUCCAGCCACAUCACACAAACCUUCUAUAGAGUGAACUGCAUCAACCAAAUCCAAACUCUUAUACUCGUCGGGACCCAUUGACCCUCCAGCAAGAAGUCCGUACCCAUGUAAUUCAACUUUACUUUGGCAAUUUUUUUUUGGUAUGCAUUGAAAUCGUUAAGCAGUGUUACCGUUUCUGUGCCGUUUACAGAAUUUCGACUUUUGAUUAGAACAAAAAAUGUAGAAUACGUGGUUUCAGAUUAAUAGCGGGAAACCUGUUCGAUUAAACGACUGUACUAACAACGAUCAUCAGCUUUUCAGAUUAUACCAAAGACAAUUAUUCCCCGAAACAAUAUAUAUAGUCUUAUCAGGAUGAUUGCAGACUUGAUCUUUCUUUGAAUUUGACAGUUCAUGUUGAACUUCCACCGUUUCUAAUUUUAUUUGGACUAAACAAGAUAUUUUAAUAAUUUAUUUUAAAGUAGUAUUUAGCAUAAGGCUUGUAUUUAAGAUAAUUUAUUUAUAACUGAACCACAUUUGCCGGGUUUGCUGAGAGUGGAAAUUUCACAGAGUUUGAGGAUCUGUACUUGCAACAUCUAAGCUACAGAACCAAAAAAUAUCGCGGAUGUUAACUAAACUGACACUGAAUUAGAAUGCUAUCAAUAUUAUAUUGACGGGAUGUCGUGCAUGCACGCUCUAAUAAUUUCCGCAGUCAACUUAAAAAUCGCUAAUUGUAAAAUUUAAUUCGGUUUACAUCCCGCAGCCUCCAUUUGUUUCCUGUGAAGCCCAAAAAUAUUUGACCAGAUUACCUGCUUAAUUAAACAUUUUCAAAUUAAGAUCGUUGAUCAAUGGUUAAUUAUACGGAUAUUAUAAUAGGCCAUCUUUGACUCAAAAGCAAACAGCAGAAUGAGUUUUGUACCUAAAUUUCAAUUGUUUGAUUAAUUUAAGAUAUCAAAAUGUGGUGCUAAUGAGCUCUAAUGCUCAAAAUGUUCAGCUGAUCAAUAAUAGCAUAAUUACAAAUUAGAAACACCUAUUUUUUUCUGUUAAAUUUUACAUGAUUAUUGGCGAUGAUACCUUGAAUGGUUAUGAAUGUUUGUGUCUUCAGACUUGGGCAUUGAAAACAAUGAUAGCUCAUUCGAGGGCUGUAUCUAGCUACUUCUUUACUGCCAUUUUUUUAAAAAUGCUACAUAUUUAUUGAAUAACUAUCUUCAUCCGAUCACCGUAAUUUUUUUUACUUUGCUCAUAAUAUUAUUCUCAUCCAUACCAAAUGUAUCCGUCAUUUACCUGAAUAUUUUGUCAGAGAUGUAACUGCAGGUUUUUUUAGGGGACGUGUAUUUUUUUAGCAGUAUAGAAGGCUCGAUCAUAACAACAGAAAAAGAGUAAGUAAGUAAGUAAGAUAUUGAAAAACAAUAAAUUUCACCAAGU